AUGCCGCUGCCGCCGCCGGCCGUGGUUGCUGGGAUUGAGGGCGCCGACGCGGCUCGCGGGACGCCGCCGUGGGGACCGCGCUCGAUAACCGUUCCAGCCUUGACCGUCUCGCGCGGGUGCGGCUCCGACGUCGUCGUCGACCCCGGGGCGUCGCCGCCGCUCUCCUUCCUGCGCUUGCGCUCCUCCUCGAUGAGGCGCAUCUCCUCUUCCUUCUUGCGCGCCGCCUCGCUGUCGGCCCGCUCCUUCUCGCGCUCCUCCUCCUCGAUCUUCUUCUUCCAGUCCUCCUCAGUGAUCUUCACGCUGCGACGGUUGGCCAGCUUCUGCUGCUUCUCGCGCUCCUCCUUCUCGCGCUUCUCCUUCUCCUCCUGCUCGACCUUCUUGCGCCACUCCUCCUCGACGUUCUUGCGUGGCGUCUUGGCCAGCGCCUCCUCGCGCUCGAUCUCCUUCUGGAUCUUGUCGUCCUUGGGCUCCUCGCCGCUCAGGAACGCGCUCUCCUGCUUGCGCUCCUUGACGGCCUCGGCGAUGCGGCGCAUCUCCUCUUCCUUCUCGCGCGCCUUGUCGCUCUCCCUCUUCUCGCGCUCCUCCUCCUCGAUCUUCUUCUUCCAGUCCUCCUCAGUGAUCUUCACGCUGCGACGGUUGGCCAGCUUCUGCUGCUUCUCGCGCUCCUCCUUUUCGCGCUUCUCCUUUUCCUCCUGCUCGACCUUCUUCUUCCACUCCUCUUCAACGUUCUUGCGUGGCGUCUUGGGGAGGGCCUCCUCGCGCUCGACCUCCUUCUGGUGCCUGUCGUCCUUGGGCUCCUCGCCGCUCAGGAACGCGCUCUCCUGCUUGCGCUCCUUGACUGCUUCGGCGAUGCGGCGCAUCUCCUCUUCCUUCUCGCGCGCCUUGUCGCUCUCCUUCUUCUCGCGCUCCUCCUCCUCGAUCUUCUUCUUCCAGUCCUCCUCAGUGAUCUUCACGCUGCGACGGUUGGCCAGCUUCUGCUGCUUCUCGCGCUCCUCCUUCUCGCGCUUCUCCUUCUCCUCCUGCUCGACCUUCUUCUUCCACUCCUCUUCAACGUUCUUGCGCGGCGUCUUGGGGAGAGCCUCCUCGCGCUCGACCUCCUUCUGGUGCCUGUCGGCGCUGUCGUCGUCGGGACCCUUGAGGAACGCGCUCUCCUGCUUGCGCUCCUUGACGGCCUCGGCGAUGCGGCGCAUCUCCUCCUCCUUCUCGCGCGCCUCCUCGGCCCUGUCGCGCUCCUUGACCUCGCCCGUGAACAUGGAGGCGAUGCGACCCACCUUGGCGUUGCGCGCCAGCUGCUGUCGCUCCUCCUCCUUCUUGCGGCGGAUCUCCUCCUCCUUGGCCUUCGAUCCGCCCUCGUCGUCGCCCGACCCGAUCUUGUUGCGCCACGCCUCCUCCUUCUCCUUCUGCGUCUUGGGCUU